GUGAGCUGUGAUUGGUCACAGCUUGUCACAUGGUACAAGGCUGUUGUGAAUAGCCUUGUACCAUGUAACCUCUGUGAUCAUUCACAGAUUUCACACGUAGUAAGCAAUGAUGUCAGGAAGUGACAUCUUGCUUACUACUCUGCAUGUGAUCACUGAUUGGCCAAUCAGUGAUCACAUGAUCGGGAUCUUGCACAGAGGUCCCAUACGAUGAUUGCAGAUUUUCCUUGCACCUAUUCCUCCCCUAUCAAUACAAAUUAAGGCUGGCCAUAGAUCAUUAUAUUUUUUUUAUCA